GAUGUAAAAAGUCGAUAUGUCAGCCAUGGUUGGUGUUAAGGACAUCACAGAUAAUAAAAAGAUCUGGCGCCAAUUGUUGGCCGAAUUGAUUGGUACCUUCUUUUUGGUUGUCAUUGGUGUUGGCAGUUGUACAGGUGGUUCAGAAUGGAAACCAUCAAUACCACAAAUAGCCUUUACUUUCGGUUUAACUGUGGCCACAUUGGCUCAGGCUAUUGGUCAUAUUUCCGGUUGUCAUAUUAAUCCAGCUGUUACCCUUGGCUUUCUUGUUGUUGGCGAAAUGAGCAUAAUCAAAAGUGCCCUCUAUAUAGCUGUACAAUGUGUGGGCGCUAUUGCUGGAGCUGCCGUUAUUAAGGUUGGCGUCUCUGAAGUAGUGGGUGGUCCUGAAUUGGGUGUAUCCGGUUAUGCUAGCUCUCUAACAGUGGGUCAAGCUGUACUCAUUGAAGCUUUGAUUACUUUCAUUUUGGUAUUUGUUGUUAAAGCUGUUUCGGAUCCCGGACGCACCGAUAUUAAGGGUUCUGCUCCCUUAGCUGUUGGCUUAUCCAUAGCUGCUGGUCAUUUGUGUGCUAUUAAUCUCACAGGUGCUAGCAUGAAUCCUGCUCGUUCUUUUGGUCCCUCUGUUGUGCAAAAUAUGUGGGUUGAUCAUUGGGUCUAUUGGGUGGGUCCCUUUGCUGGUGCUGUUGUGGCUGCUGUACUCUAUAAAUUAGUUUUCAAAGUACGCAAGGGUGAUGAUGAGGCCAACUCUUAUGACUUUUAAGUCAACAGCAAAGUUUAAGAUUUAAUUUUAAAUUACACAUUAAAAAAAGAAAACAUAAUCCAAAAAUUUUCAAGAAAUUUCUUAAAAUUUAAGCCAAUUUAAAAUGUAUA